GCUAAUCCUGCCGAGCCCCGCCCGACCCUGCGUCCGCCAGUUGUCUGGUCGCUCCUCUUUGUCUGUCGCGAAACUCUGAGAAGAGGAAUCUAGUACAGAAUACCGCCUCGCUUGCCCUUCUCUGCGCUCCAAGCCGCGCCAUGCUGUGUCUCCGGAGCGGCCUAACUAGAGCUCUGGCCGCGCGGAUGCCCACGCCUCAGGUGUGCUCAUCUUUUGCUACAGGCCCCAGACAGUAUGAUGGAACGUUUUAUGAAUUCCGUACUUAUUGCCUUAAACCUUCAAAGAUGAAUGAGUUUCUGGAAAAUAUGAAGAAAAACAUACAUUUUCGGACAGCUCACUCUGAAUUGGUUGGAUGCUGGAGUGUAGAAUUUGGAGGCAGAAUGAAUAAAGUGUUUCAUAUUUGGAAAUAUGAUAAUUUUGCUCAUCGAACUAAAGUUCGGAAAGCCUUGGCUAAAGAUAAGGAAUGGCAAGAACAAUUUCUCAUUCCAAAUUUGGCUCUCAUUGAUAAACAAGAGAAUGAGAUUGCUUAUCUGGUACCAUGGUGCAAAUUAGAAAAGCCUCCCAAAGAAGGAGUCUAUGAACUGGUUAUUUUUCAGAUGAAACCAGGUGGGCCAGCUCUGUGGGGUGAUGCAUUUCAAAGAGCAAUUAAUGCCCAUGUCAAUCUAGGCUACUCAAAACUGAUUGGAGUCUUCCACACAGAAUAUGGAGCACUCAACAGAGUGCAUGUUCUUUGGUGGAACGAGAGUGCAGAUAGUCGUGCAGCCGGGAGACAUCAGUCUCAUGAGGAUCCCAGAGUCGUGGUAGCUGUUCGGGAAAGCGUCAACUACUUAGUGUCUCAGCAGAAUACGCUUCUGAUUCCUACAUCAUUUUCACCGUUGAAAUAGUUUCCCACUAAAAUAUGAAGCAUUUUAUUAACUACCAUAGAUGUGUCUGCUAAUGUUGCUUAAAUUCUCCCAAGAGAUUCUCACUUUUAUUUGAAGAGGUGGUUAAGUUAAUUUGCUAUGUCUCUGCAUUUUUAAGGCCACCUCUGCUCUUUGUCUUCAUCACCUCAGGAAAUAUAGUUCUGUUCAUUUCCCCAAUGACAUUUCAAUAGCUAUUAUACAUUAGAAAUAUUUGCCACUACUUCAUGAUCUUGCAUUUUCAUUUUUUUCAGAAUGUCUCUUAGAAUUUUCUGUUUUGACAAUACUUUGCUUUAUAUUUAAAUGAUGUUUUUACAUUUCUGUGCCUGACAGUAUUUUAAAAUUAAUUACAUGCAAUGUCUGUAUUUUCAUGAUGUCUGUUUUUUUCUGAGAUUUAAAAACAAACUUGCCCAGUGAAGUUUAUUUUGUGAUAUCAAUUGGUAUUCAUAAGAAUAUUAGGUCAAACAUAUUUCUUUACCUUGGGGAAGUACAGUAUCACCUGUGUCAUUUAUAUUAAUUAUGGUCUUCACAUUAUUAGUGACUAAUUUGGAAAAUAAUGUAAUUAGGUGUCAAUGUUAAAAAAAACUUCAGAAGACUUAUUUUAUAUGUUGAAAUGUGUUGAUUUGUAGUUAAUUUUUGUUCAUUUUGGAUCACUAUUUAACAAAGAUACUUGGGACAUCUAUUUGUCUUAAAGAGAUUUUAUGGUUCUGGAAAUACUUGCCCUAAUAAAAGCCUAUGUAUUUAUACA